CUACUUGGGAUAUAUGGCCAGCUCGCAUUGAUAUUAGUUUUAAACUCUUUUCUGUCCAUCACGGCAUUUUUUAGCAAUGCUUUGGUCCUAGUUGCUCUUCGCAAGGAGUCUCCACUUCAUCCGCCGUCCAAACUCUUGCUUCGUAACCUGGCAACAACUGAUCUUUGUGUUGGUCUUAUUUCACAGCCUCUCUAUGCUGCUUUAUUGCUGACUGGUGUGAAUGAACACUGGAAUAUUUGUCGCUACGUAGCAGUCGUAGUUUCUAUAACAAACGUUAUUUUAUGCGCAGUGUCUUUGUUGACACUGACUGCAAUAAGUGUGGACAGACUUCUCGCCCUUUUGUUGGGGCUUAGAUACAGACAGGUUGUAACUUUGAGGCGAGYUUACGGAACCGUUAUUGCCUUUUGGGCUGUGUCUACUGUCUUGUCAGCAAUCAGGCCCUUUUUAAAUUCCCUUGUAAGCUCAUGGUGCGAAAUUACAUUUGUAUCACUGUGUCUAGUAACCUCGACCUUCAGUUAUACAAAGGUUUUCAUUAACCUCCGCCAUCGACAAAAUCAACUUCAAGACCAAGUGCAGCAACCGAACCAAACAAAUCAGCUGAACAUGUCGCGAUACAGAAAGGCAGUGUCCACUGCACUGUGGCUGCAGUUCACGUUAGUCGCUUGCUAUUUACCAUUUGUAAUAUCGGUAACUUGGCUUAUUCAUGCUGAGCCAUCUUUAUCAGUUUCUCUCGCUUGGAAUUAUACAUACACUUUAGUUUUCUUAAACUCGACAUUGAACCCGAUUCUUUACUGCUGGAAGAUAGACGAAGUGAGACAAGCGGUGAAGGACACAAUCAGACAAGUACUUUGUUAUUGACCGAGUUAGGUCUUUUGGAACUGUAUCAUCCCUUAGCUUACCAAGCAAAGAGAAAAAGGAAAAACCAUUCGAAACAAUAGUUAACGGAUAAGAUUCUCUAAAAGAUGAAAAUUAAGAGUGAUAUUCGGUUUAGUGUACUGGUAUUUUGGCGGCAUUGCAUGUUUCUGUAGGAGUAAUUAUAACAACUGUAAAAGUUUCAUUAUCGUAAAUUAAAAAGUUGUACUAAAGAUUUGUUGGUACAAACUGUGAAUAAAGAUGUGAUAAAAUGCAAUAAAGUCCAAUUCUUCUCCGGUUGGACAUAAACUGCAUAAUUUAAAUACGAUAGAGUUACGUUAAAACAGGUUCAAAAUACAAGAGGAAAGCCGAUUGUGGGUAGAGGUCGAUCUCGUCAAUACGGAAAUAAAGACAGGAUUCUCCUGGGCUUUUAUCAAGAAAUACAUUUGAUGGUCUCUAGCGAUUCGAGAAAAACGAUUCUUCUCAACUUAUAGUCGUAUUUAGUGUGUAACAGAAAAAUUGCAUGUUGAUUUUCACGAUAAACUUUUCAGUUUUGUCUAGUAUGGCGUUUUUGCAUUCUACGCAGCAACUCAG